AUGCCAUCGGUAACACGUAUCAAGAUCGUUUCUAGGACCCCUUCAACAUCUACUAUUCAUUACUAUGGGCGCUAUUAUAGUCACCCAGAUAAAGGUGAAGGGUUCAACAUCUGGGUACCUUCUUUAUCUCCCUUUGAUAUUCGGUUAACCUUUUCACAUUUCUCAUUUCAGGAAAUCGAAGGCUUAAUCCAACAUAUCAAGGAAGUACCCAGUGGCAAACAUGUAGCUGUAAUGAGCAUCGGCUUACUACCAUCUCAGCCUAGCGCAGCUCUUUGUAGAGCAUUCUCUUCAUUGGGUGCGGCAAAGAUAUUUAUGGUUGGAACGACCAAUCCAAACUAUUGUUUGGUUGGGUACAAGGGUUUAUCUCCAGGGAUGGCCAGCGAAGCUUUCGGUGACUCAACCAUCAAUGAAGUUUGGGCAGAGGGUGAAGCGAGAGUCAACCUAAAGAUUGCAAAAAGGAGGAUCACCACUUUAUUUAAUUCCAAAAUUGGAGCCCCAUACAUUUUUUUUGACGGUUAUACGGCAAACGAUUUUCUUGAAGGUCUUGGCAAUGGAAUCAAUGUUCUCGUUUUCAGUCAAAAAGGAGCUGUAUCAGUUAGAAGCCCACCACAAGUGUAUAACUUUCCUACUUCCAAUCUCUACUCGAAUUCCUCGGAAUCUUUAUCAAGAUUCAUCGAUUCCCUUGCCAACCAUACUUUUAUCAUGGUGUUUGCUCAAGGACUCGAUUUGGCCAAGAAUAACUUGCAUCAAAACGCCAUCUCAAGCCUGAGAAAGAUUGGAAGCAAAUUCAUUUCUCAAUACUCUACCAUCUCGUCAAACGAUUGUUGGUUUAUGAUCAAAAGAAUAGGUUCUGAUUCUAUUUUCACAGAAAUGACCUACAAUCAUAAUUCACCAUCUACAUCUUCUUUUAUUCAAACCGUAGAAAGAAAGAUAUACAAUGACGAUACCUAUCAAGUUGAUGAUGACAUUAAUAUUUCAGUUAUGUCAUCAAACCAAAGUAACACACCUGUUGGAAUGGAAUCAUUGUUUUACAUUUAUGUUGGUGGUGUAUCAAUAACUCUGGAAGGUCCAUUGACCAAUGGUUUGGUGAUGUGUGCUAUCAGUGAAAUCGAUGGUCACAUUUACUUUAUCAAAAACUAUAAUAUUGGUACCGAUGAUGGAUCGCAUGAUAUGGUAAAGGACAUUGUUGACAAAAUCUCAGUUGGCUCGCUGGUUGUUGUGUGUUCAGUGCUCAACUCUGCUGGAUCAAACAUCACAAUGUCAGCAGAUUUAUUGACGUCACUUGAAAGACUUGGAGCAGAAUUUGGUUAUGAUAUCACAUCAUCAAGCUCCUAUGCUUUAAUAGGAAGAAAAGGAGCAGCCGUUGCAACGGCAAGCGAGCUGAUAUCCAACACUGGACCAGUCACUCUUUUUUCUAACUUUCCAAAAAGCUUAAAGCCAAUCAAGCCAUUCAUCGAAAUUGAUAACCUGUCAGUCAGUGCUUUACCAGGUGGAGGAUAUGGAUACUCAUCAUUUAUGAUCAAUAAACAGAUUGUAGAUGGCACCAAUAUUUUUUCAUCUGGACUCAACGUCCUGACAAUCAGCCCAUUGAACGGCACAAUUACAAGUGCUAAAAACUACGAUACUACAACUGACUCGUUUAACUCUAGCAAGUUCGUAGCCGAUAUCCAAGCCCUACCAACAGGGACCAUCGUUGCUCUAUCGACAGUUGGUCCAGCCGGACAAUACCUUGGAAAUGGUGUUGAUACUAUUGUCAACUACCUUGGAGGUAUGCUCAUUAAAUCAUUUUCAUCACAGUCAUAUUGUAUCAUAUCUACUGUUGGCCAACAACUGACCGGAGACAAAAGAGUCAUUAGUGAGUGUAUGUCUGAAAACAUUUAUGUGCCAACCACUUGCAAUACUCGAUUCCCCAUUAAAUCGCUGUUUACCGGAUCUGGACUUUCAUUCUGUGUUACAUCAAUGGCCCAAUCAAGCACUGCCUCUCGUAUUAUGGUAAACGGCCAAUCUCAACUAUCAUCACCAUCAAGUGGACUCAAUGUCGUUACAGUUGACCAUAUUACUGGAGCCACACAAGAAUAUCAUUUUGAUACAGCCAAUGAUGAUAAGCAAUGGGUACUUUUCCUAAAUUUCAUUCAAGGUCUUACAAUGGGUACUUUUGUACUCAUAUCGGUGCAACAGUCUUUUGGAAUUCCUGGUCCAGAAUUCAAGGAUAUCAUCAAAAUUUCUCUCUCGUUGAUUGGUGCAUCCAAGUUUGUGAAUGUAGGUCCAUCAACUUCAUAUUCAGUAAUUGGUACAAAAGGCGCAACUCCUGGAUCAGCUUAUGAAUCAUUUCAUGAAAAUGUACAGAAUCCAACCCUCGUCCCUUAUCAAGGCACCAAUGGUUUAUGGUCAACUCUCAGAAGAACCAUUAAUGCUCACUAUUCCAUUGCUCAGCAACUACCACCAGCUUGCAACCCCAAUGCCACAACUUGCCCCAUCCAAACCUUAGGGAAUGUAUUUAUGAACGAGCCAGCUUAUUGGAAAACGAAUCGUCUUUCCUCUGGAAACAUCGUCAAGGCCCUGUUGAUUGGUGUAUCGUACAAUGACAAUCCAGCUGGUCCCAUCAAAGGCGUAGACCUCUCUAUCCAAGAACACUGCAGAGCCCUUGUCGAAUGCGGAUACAAAUCAUUUGUCAACACUGUCAAUGGAGUUAGCACAUAUGGUCUGUGCACUUUGAUUCAAGAUCCACAAACUUAUCAAUAUCGUACCGAUUAUUCUCUCACAUCCAAUGAACUCCAAAAACUAUUUGUCAAUAUUCCAUUUGGAAAAUAUUACCCUCUUCAAGUCCAAUUGCUGGUGUCCCCCUCUACCAAUUCACAAGCCACAAACUCGGAAUGGUCAAAAUGA